UAAAUUCUAUAACAAAUUAUUUUCUCAUUAUAAUAUUUGGAAAAAAAUUUUAAAUCAUGCGGUGUGCAGUGAGCCAUUGUAAGCAAAACAACGCUAAGAAAGAUGGUAACAAAAACAGCAUACAUUACCAUAAAUUCCCAACAGAUCCAGAGCAAAAGGAAGCUUGGAUAAACUUCUGUCAACGACUCGGAAUAAUAAAUACAAAAACAGAAAGAAUUUGUUCUUUGCAUUUUAGUGAUGAAGACUACGAAAAAAAUUUGCAAAUGGAAUGGGGUUUAAGUUCUAGCAGGACAGUUCGAUUAAAACCUGGAGUAGUACCUCGAAAUGAGGAAGAGCAUUUAAAAAUUAAAAAGGAAUUCGAAUGCCGCGACAGUGGAACUCUUUCUUUUAUAGAUUAUAAUGCAUAUAUAGACGAAUUGAAAUUACAAAUAAAAACUUUACAAGAAGAAAAUAAAGCGUUGAAGAAAAUACAAAACGAUUUCUCAAAAAGUAAAAAUAAAUUGCAUCGUCGUAUUGAAGUCUUAACACUUUACAAUACUAAUAUGGAAAAAUCAUUAGGACAUCUCUUUACACCCAAUCAAUUAACAAAAAUGAAAAAUGGUGAAAAAAGACGAAAUUGGACAGCUGCUGACAUAGCGCAAUCAUUUACGCUUUAUUCCACAAGUGCCAAAGCUUACAAAUAUUUAAGAACCAAAAAUUUUCCAUUACCAGGAGUGAGAACUUUGCAAAGAUGGUCGCAGAAACGAGCAAAAAAAACAAAAAUAGAAACCGAAAUAAUUAUUGACUUAACAUAAAUAGUGAUACUUCUAUACGUGAUUAAUAUAUAUGUUAUAUAUGUAUGUGUCAUAAAUCCAUCAUUCAUUACUCAAUUCCAAAAAUUAGAUAU